CGCGCGCUCCCGAGUGGGCCUGCUGGCGCGCGGGAACCCGCCGGGGAAGCUGCCUCCGGGAGGAGUCGCCUGCGCUCGUGCGGGCGCCGGUGUGGAGCCGUCCGGGCCGCGCCUGCCCGCUGCUGCGGGUCUGCUGGCCGCCGGUGCGCUUCAGCCCCUGGCCAUGGCUGACCGCGGAUGUCCGCUGGAGGCGGCGCCGCUGCCCGCCGAGGUGCGCGAGAGCCUGGCGGAGCUGGAGCUGGAGCUGUCGGAAGGUGAUAUCACUCAAAAAGGAUAUGAAAAGAAAAGAGCAAAGCUGCUGGCGCGUUAUAUUCCUCUCUUGCAAGGAGUAGACCCAUGUCUGCAAACAGAGAAUAGAAUUCCUGGGCCUUUGAUGACUGCAGGUACAUCUAAACCACAGAAGUCUCGGGCUACCAACUCAAGGGAUGAGCGCUUCCGGUCAGACGUUCACACAGAAGCCGUACAAGCAGCUUUGGCGAAGUACAAAGAAAGGAAGAUGCCUAUGCCUUCAAAAAGACGUUCUGUCCUUGUGCAUUCAUCCGUGGAAACCUACACCCCUCCAGACACGUCAUCUGCCUCAGAAGAUGAGGGCUCUUUACGGCGACCUGGGCGACUCACCACCACUCUGCUCCAGAGCCAUACAAGCGUUGAGCCCUGGCUCGACCGGGUCAUUCAGGGCUCGUCCACUUCAUCCUCUGCAUCCUCCACCUCAUCUCACCUGGGAGGGAGACCUGCUGCUGCUCCUAGUGCCACCACUGCGCUCACAGGCCUUGCGGCUCACACCCACAUAGCAGAUCUGCACUCUGCCCCUCCUGAUGUCACCACUGGGCUCGUGGAGCACUCACAGUACGAGUGUCCACAAGUGGCUUCUGUGAGAGGUGUUCCUCGAGGGUACAGCAGGAGUGUUCUGGAAACUGCAGAUGGUGUGCCAGUGAACAGCAGAGUAUCCUCCAAAAUCCAACAGCUUCUGAAUACCCUGAAGAGGCCAAAGCGCCCGCCUCUAAAGGAGUUCUUUGUGGAUGAUUUUGAGGAAUUACUGGAAGUUCAACAACCAGAUCCAAAUCAACCAAAGCCAGAAGGAGAUCAGAUGGCUGUGCUGAAAGGAGAGCCUCUAUUGGUGGGGACUCCUGGGCCACCAUCUCUGUUGGCCUCACUGCAGCGCUGGGGCACAACACAGCCCAAAGCCCCCUGCCUGACUGCCUUGGAUACAGCAGGGAAGGCCACCUGCACUCUCACCUAUGGCAAACUUUGGAGUCGGAGUUUAAAACUAGCUUAUACUCUACUUAAUAAGCUGACCAGUAAGAAUGACCCACUACUUAAACCUGGAGACAGAGUGGCGCUCGUGUUUCCAAAUAGUGACCCUGUGAUGUUCAUGGUUGCAUUUUAUGGGUGUCUCCUGGCUGAACUGGUUCCUGUCCCCAUUGAAGUACCAUUAACAAGAAAGGAUGCCGGCAGCCAGCAGGUUGGGUUUUUACUGGGCAGCUGUGGAGUGACCCUGGCCCUGACCACAGAUGCUUGUCAGAAGGGUCUGCCUAAGGCACAGACAGGAGAGGUGGCAACUUUCAAAGGUUGGCCCCCCCUCGCCUGGCUGGUGAUUGAUGGGAAACAUCUGACCAAGCCUCCCAAAGAUUGGUACCCUCUGGCCCAGGACACAGGACCUGGGACUGCCUACAUUGAAUAUAAAACCAGCAAAGAAGGCAGUACCGUGGGGGUCACUGUAUCCCAUGCGUCCCUGCUGGCACAGUGUCAGGCUCUGACUCAGGCAUGCGGGUACGUGGAAGCGGAAACAUUAACAAAUGUGCUGGACUUCAAAAGGGAUGCUGGUCUGUGGCAUGGAGUCUUAACAAGUGUCAUGAAUAGGAUGCAUGUGGUCAACAUUCCAUAUGCACUAAUGAAGGUCAACCCACUCUCCUGGAUCCAGAAAGUGUGUUCCUAUAAAGCCCGGGCUGCCUUGGUGAAGUCUCGUGAUAUGCACUGGUCUCUUCUGGCACAGCGAGGUCAGAGGGACGUCAGUCUUAGCUCUUUGCGCAUGUUGAUUGUAGCUGAUGGUGCUAACCCAUGGUCAAUAUCUUCCUGUGAUGCCUUCCUCAAUGUCUUCCAGUCUAGAGGUCUGAGGCCAGAGGUCAUCUGUCCUUGUGCCAGUUCUCCUGAAGCACUAACAGUAGCCAUCCGCAGAGUGACAGCCCUUGUCAGUCAGCCUGCCGGUGCUCUUGUCUCUAGACCACCAGAUCUGGGAGGACCUCCUCCAAGAAAAGCUGUCUUGUCAAUGAAUGGUCUGAGCUAUGGUGUGAUCAGAGUUGACACUGAGGAGAAGCUGUCAGUCCUCACUGUUCAGGACGUUGGCCAGGUGAUGCCUGGAGCUAGUGUGUGUGUUGUAAAAGUAGAUGGUACCCCUUAUCUUUGUAAAACUGAUGAAAUUGGAGAAAUCUGUGUCAAUUCCAUUGCAACUGGGACAGCAUAUUAUGGACUGCUUGGAAUCACGAAGAAUGUAUUUGAGACUGUGCCAGUGACUGCAGAUGGAGCCCCUGUCUCUGACAGGCCUUUUACCAGGACAGGCCUUCUGGGUUUCAUUGGACCAGAUAACCUGGUCUUUGUCGUGGGCAAGCUGGAUGGGCUGAUGGUAGUGGGAGUCCGCAGACAUAAUGCAGAUGAUGUUGUGGCUACCGCCUUGGCCGUGGAACCCAUGAAGUUUGUCUACAGAGGCAGGAUUGCUGUGUUCUCUGUGACCGUGCUACAUGAUGACCGGAUUGUUUUGGUGGCUGAACAGCGGCCUGAUGCCUCAGAGGAGGACAGUUUCCAGUGGAUGAGCCGUGUGCUACAGGCCAUUGAUAGCAUCCACCAGGUGGGUGUGUACUGUUUGGCCCUGGUUCCUGCCAACACCUUGCCCAAGGCUCCUCUUGGAGGGAUUCACAUUUCCGAAACCAAGCAGCGCUUUCUGGAAGGGAUGCUACAUCCAUGCAAUGUGUUGAUGUGCCCUCAUACCUGUGUUACCAACCUUCCCAAACCUCGUCAGAAGCAGCCAGAGGUUGGACCAGCCUCAAUGAUCGUUGGGAACCUGGUUGCUGGAAAGAGAAUUGCUCAGGCCUCUGGGAGAGAGCUGACCCACCUAGAGGAUAGUGACCAGGCACGGAAGUUCCUGUUCCUGGCAGAUGUGCUGCAAUGGCGGGCUCAUACCACUCCUGAUCACCCACUGUUCCUGCUGCUCAACGCCAAGGGCACAGUCACCAGCACUGCAACCUGUAUCCAGCUACACAAAAGGGCCGAGAGAGUGGCUGCUGCCCUAGUGGAGAAGGGGCGACUAGAUGCUGGGGACCACGUGGCUUUGGUCUAUCCUCCAGGGGUUGACCUCAUUGCUGCAUUCUAUGGCUGCCUGUACUGUGGUUGUGUGCCUGUCACUGUACGACCCCCACACCCACAGAACCUUGGCACCACACUGCCUACUGUGAAGAUGAUUGUAGAGGUCAGCAAGUCUGCAUGUGUCCUUAGCACACAGGCCAUCACACGGCUGCUCAAGUCCAAGGAAGCAGCUGCUGCUGUAGAUGUCAGGACCUGGCCAACCAUCCUAGAUACAGAUGACAUUCCAAAAAAGAAGUUAGCUAGUAUUUUCAGACCACCUUCCCCAGAUGUGCUUGCAUACUUGGACUUCAGUGUGUCGACCACGGGGAUAUUAGCCGGAGUAAAGAUGUCACAUGCAGCCACAAGUGCCUUGUGCCGCUCCAUAAAGCUGCAGUGUGAGCUGUACCCCUCACGGCAGAUUGCCAUCUGCCUGGACCCCUACUGUGGCCUCGGCUUUGCACUGUGGUGUCUAUGCAGCGUCUACUCUGGACACCAGUCAGUGUUGGUGCCCCCGCUGGAGCUGGAGAGCAAUGUGUCCCUGUGGCUGUCAGCUGUCAGCCAGUAUAAGGCCCGUGUUACCUUCUGUUCCUACUCAGUGAUGGAGAUGUGCACUAAGGGCCUGGGUGCACAGACAAGUGCCCUCAGGAUGAAAGGGGUAAACCUGUCAUGUGUGCGCACAUGCAUGGUAGUGGCUGAGGAACGGCCCCGGAUCGCAUUGACGCAGUCAUUUUCCAAGCUAUUCAAGGACCUGGGCCUCCCUGCACGUGCUGUGAGCACUACCUUUGGGUGCAGGGUCAAUGUGGCCAUCUGCCUCCAGGGCACAGCAGGCCCAGACCCAACAACUGUCUAUGUGGACAUGAGGGCACUGCGUCAUGACAGGGUCCGUUUGGUAGAACGGGGUUCUCCACAUAGUCUGCCAUUGAUGGAAUCUGGAAAGAUCCUCCCUGGAGUGAAGGUCAUCAUUGCACACACUGAGACCAAAGGGCCCCUUGGUGACUCACACCUGGGUGAGAUCUGGGUGAGCAGUCCCCAUAAUGCCACUGGGUACUACACAGUCUAUGGGGAGGAGGCGCUUCAUGCCGACCACUUCAAUGCCCGGCUGAGCUUCGGAGAUACCCAGACCAUUUGGGCAAGGACUGGAUACCUUGGCUUUCUUCGCAGAACAGAGCUGACUGAUGCCAGUGGAGAGCGACAUGAUGCGCUAUAUGUUGUUGGGUCUCUGGAUGAAACGCUAGAGCUGAGAGGCAUGCGGUACCACCCCAUCGACAUAGAAACCUCUGUGAUCCGUGCACACAGGAGCAUUGCAGAAUGUGCUGUGUUCACCUGGACCAAUCUGCUGGUGGUGGUGGUGGAGCUGGAUGGUCUGGAGCAGGAUGCCCUGGACCUGGUAGCCCUGGUGACCAAUGUUGUGCUAGAGGAACACUACCUUGUGGUAGGUGUAGUGGUCAUCGUGGAUCCUGGUGUGAUCCCCAUCAACUCUCGUGGUGAGAAGCAACGCAUGCACCUGCGAGAUGGCUUCCUGGCUGACCAGCUGGACCCCAUCUAUGUGGCCUACAAUAUGUGAGUGCAGCCCAGCAGAGCUUGGUAUACAAACCAGCAGAGGUAUAAGACGAGGAUGAGCUGCACUGUCUCCAUCCCUAGGAGAAGGGGUUCCAAACUUCGCAGCAGCUCACCCCUUCCUGUGCUUUUCAGACACUUUCAGCAGUACCCUGACUAUUGUGUUAGCACAUGCUUCCUAAAUCAACUAAAGACAUGUCUUGGGUCUGCCAAGUGUAUUUACCAAAAUAUGGGUGACUAGGAAGGAAAGGAGAGGCAUGGUGUCACACUGUAGUGUUGUUGGCAUCAUGGCUGUUAUCUGCUGUACUGCGAGCUUGCACUUUUUUUAGGCUAAAAAUAUUUCUUAUUUCUAAUUAUAAUUUCUAAAUAUAAUUUCUGAUUAUUUUCUCCCACUCGUAGUAACAAGUUCAUAUGUAGAGUCUAUGCUGGAGAGAACUUUUGGGCCAAGCCUGCCUAGUAAGGCUGAUGGAAGGGCAAUCCCCCCUCAUCCCACUCAGACUGGACUGCAUUGCAGCCACACUGAGUUUCCUUUUGGUAGUUUGGUUAUUGAAACAGGUGUGCCUGGUUGUUUGCAUAUGUUAUUACUCAUAUUCAAUAAGUGCCAUUUUGGACUGUUCAGUUAGAUCCUGUUUCAGAAAGAUAAACCAGCAUUUAAUAUAAAAAUCACUUUCCUAGGCUGUAACUUAAUGCUGCUUAAACUGCAGGUUUUCAUGGCAUCAAAAUAUUAAUUCUUCUCAUGAAAUAUACUGAAUUAUUUUUAUGAACAGAUCUGUAAGCAUUGGUGAAAUAUACUGAAUUAUUUUUAUGAACAGAUCUGUAAGCAUUGGUGGAAAUAUAAGACCUUCUCACCUGUGUGCCAUCUGGGCCUCCUACUCACUGGAGGGGGCAGCCUAGUAGCUGUGGGAGCCGAUGGCCUCGCAGUCUAGUAGCUGUGGGAGCCGACGGCCUCAGACCACCACGGCCGCAGUCUCACUGGCUUUGCAUGGUUAUGUGCCUAUAAAAUUUGGCCAAACCAUUUUUAGUUAUUUUAUUCAAACGUAUAAUCUGAGUGAUCUAAUAUUAUGCUGAUUCUAAAUCACAAAUGAGAAUGUAAAAUCCUUUAGAUACUUUGAAGAAUUUGAAGUCAAGCAUGAAUCUAAGAUUAUUUUUAUAUAAUUAAAGAGUAUGUUAUGAAGUUGUUGGGGUUUGGGGACUUUUGAGGGUCGAGAAGUUUAUGAAUCAUACCUGCUUUAUAGAAACAGCUAGGGUUUUCUAGAGUUAGCCUAGAUCUGUGCCUCACAAGCUGUUCCCCACAGUGAGUCUAGCUAACGGCCAACUCUAACUUCUUGCUUUCAGAAAGCACUAUGUGCAGUAGCCGUGUUUGCUCAUGGUGUCAGACUGUGGUAUAGUAUGUUGCAACAUACUGGAAUUCUAAUAAUCUUGUUGUAAUUAUGUACAGAAUUCAUGUAACUUAUUACUUUGUAUCAGAGGUUUAGCAGCAAACUGAUAGAGAUUCUUCACAACACAGUGACUGAGAAGGGAACAGAACUACCUAACUCCAGUCUCAAUGUUGUAGUUUUAUAUCAAGCGAAACUUGUAAACUUUUGUAUUAAAAUGUCAGUGACAGUAAGACAACAUAACUGGUAAGUUAAGAUUUUAGGAAGCGCAUUAAAAUGUUUUAAAGUUACUCUCUGGGAAUUCUGUAUACCACACUAAUUUUUUUUUAUAUCAUGUUAAUAAAAGCUAUUGACUGUUUAUAAUUCUGCAUUUUGAAAUGUGUGAAAGGUUUAAGAUUUUCCCCAAAUAAGAUGUGUUUUCUUAUGCACCAUUUCUUUAAAAAUAUAAAAGCAAUUAUGCUUAUCAUAUAAAAUCUAGAAAGCACAUUAAAGUUUAAGAAAGAAAAUUUUAAAACCUCAGGGAUUUAUUUUUAGCCUUUUAAAAAUUUUUACAAAAUUAGGAUCAUAUACUUUUAAAAAUCUGCUUUUGUACUUAAUACAGAGUUUUGAAUCUGUUACAUCCAUUCUUUACAUGUCUUAAUGACAACAUUGUACAGUGUGCACAGCUGCAUGCCACUCCCCCCUAGGCUCCUGCACCAGCGCCAUUUCAGGAUUGCUCAGCAGGCCACCUCCCAAAUGCCUACUUUCACGUCCACGGUGGCAUUCCUGCCUAGGCUUAGUUCCUACAGGUGGCAUCGCUGAAUCAGAGUUUGUCAUAGGGGCAAUACCUAGAUAAGUAUUGCCUACUUAUUACCCGCAGAAGUGCUGCUCAGCAGUACUGAUAGUGGACUUUUGCUUUAGAAUGAAGUUAGUCUGGUGAUGUUGAAUAUGUUUUCAAUGGACAUUUUAAUUUCUCAGUUGAUUUGUUCUCUUCAGAUCUAGUAGAUCUGUUGGGCUCAAGAUUUUUUAGUUUUAUUUUAUUUUACUUUUAUUAUCUUUUAUGUGUUUGAGUGUAUUGC